AUGUCUGUUAGAACUCUCCCCCUGGUUUUCAUUAAUCUUGGUGGAGAGAUGCUUUACAUACUGGACCAACGCCUACAAGCUCUCAACACGUCUGAGGACAAUUCAGAGAAAGUUAUGAAUGACAUUGUUGGGACCAUGUUUAGUAAAGACUUUAUGGAUGAACUUAUCAAACCUCAGCAGCUGUAUUCUCACAGAACACUGAAAACAGUGCUAACUCGGUUAGCGCAUGCCUCCAUCAUGAGGCUGAACCCGGCCAGCAUGGACAGGCUUUACGAACUGAUGGUCAUGGCUUUCAAAUAUCAGGUCUUCCUUUGUCCACGGCCUAAAGACUUGCUGCUCAUCACGUACAAUCACAUAGAUACCAUCAGGGAAUAUGUUAAACACACUCCUGUGGUUGUGAACCAAGUGGACGAGACACAUAGGAAGAUCAUUGAGGUAUACUCAUCUUUACCAGAAGGUGAAUUCCAGCUUCUCAGACAAACACUGCUCAUAUUUUUUCAAGACAUGCAUGUUCGAGUGUCUCUUUUCCUCAAAAAUCAAAUCCAAAAUCCUAACGGACGUUUUGCCCUGUCAACAUCAGGCCCAGUGCCUCAUGGGAUAGAUGUUCCAGGGCUUAUUAGGAUGUUUGACAGAAAGGGCAGAGAAGUGAGACGAUGUGAGUUCCCCACAGGAGGAAGUUACAGCAGCCCUGUCAGAGAGGGAUGCUUUGAACUGCAUGGAGACAGAGUAAUCAGACUGGGCAUGAACAUGUACACAAUUAACCAUCCAGAGGAGACACACACAUCCAAGGCUCCCUCUCUGUUAAUGUCUAAACAGCUGGCAACAAAAACGGAUGACACUCCGAACCUGCUGGCCAAAGAGGAGCUGAACCUGCUGGCUCGUCUGAUGGGCAGCAUGAAGGCCGAGAACAUGCCUGAAACUGGCUUUUGGAUCAACCUGUUUACUACAGACCAAGAGGAGGAGGAGGAGGCAGCUUCAGAUGGAGCUGAGGAGUCCUUGUUUGGAGUGAUAAAUAUUCAAGCGAUGCAGGAUGAGCAGGUUGCGACUGAGCUGGCUCGAAUUGCCGGACAGUUUGCAGAAGGAGAAGAGACGCCUGGAAAUCUGAGCAGCAGCAAAGGAGACGACCUGCUGGCCAUGAUGGACGACCUCUGACCUGAUGUGUGGUUUCAAUUAAUGUUUCCAUUUUACUGCCUAAUUCUUUAUCUACACUUGGUUGUUUAACAUUGAAGCAGAUUAGAGAGCACAAU